UUAAGCCGAGCUGCUCCGAAUGUAGUUCACGAGACUGGCAAACGUGCAUUUCGAAAAUCACCGCAAGGUGCUCACGAUCGCAAAAUGGGGGAAAUGGAACAAUGUAAAGUCAUUGCCCACCAGUUCGUUCAAAACUACUAUGAAACAUUAGAUAAGAUCGGACUACGACAAAAUCUGACUCAUGUUUACACGGAUGAAACCCAGAUGAUGUAUGAAGGACAAUUGUACACAGGAAAACAAGCUGUCAUGGAGAAAUUAAUGAUCCUGCCAGGUAACAUGGCAAGAAUGUGUUCUGCCGUGGAUGCCCUCAUUAUAGAGAAUGGCUACCUCCUGGUGAACAUCAUGGGCCAGCAGAAGGUUGAUCAAGACCCCCCACUAGGAUUUGUGCAUUCAUUUGUUCUGGCACAGAAGGAAAGCCGUAUUUUUAUCGCUAAGGAAAUAUUCCGAUUAGUUCUUCACGAUCUAUAACUCUUUGAUGAUGUUGAUGUAUCCAGAAACUGACAAUAACACAUACGCGCUGCAACCGGCGUGAUAUGUAAAUGUGUACAAAACUUUGAAACGUCCCGAUUGUGAUUUGCCCACUUCUGAUGGACAGGACAGUGACAGCCAGCAACCUCUACAUCCUCCUCUACAUCUACAGCCUCCUCUACAUCUACAGCCUCCAGCUUCUGUAUCCAGGAAUUCAAAAUAUAAUGUCUGUAUCUCUGUACCAUCACCAUGGAAACGUGAUGUAAUUUGUUUUGUUUUUUAUGUUUAGUCUUAUGAGUGUGGCAAGGGCAGUUCAUGGGUGUUUUCAGCGGCUCUGUAUGGAGUUUGUUGUAUCAAUCUGCUUGUCACUGUCAAUCUUGCACAUCUACUGCGCAUCUGCCUCUGUAUUAUUGGGUAUAUGUUCAUUGCUUCUUUUGAAAGCAAAUGUGGGUCAAGUCAGAUUUACUUGGAUAUGCAUUAAUUUCCUGUUGAGGCCUGACCUGUUUGUUCUUUGUUUUUAAUAAAUUUCCGUACAUAAUCAUUUAAAAAGUAUCAUAUACAGUUGAUUCCACUAUCUUCUUGUAGCACUUCCCGCCACAUAAUAGUGUAAUGCAGGCGAAAUAUAUGAUUUUGUUGGGAUUACAAUAGUAGUAAGACCUGGAUAAUGUUGCUCCUCUAUUUCAUGUCAGAAGUAAUGGAGACCAGAUAUAUGGAGAGAGGUGAAAUAUAAAAGAGUGGAUCAAGUUUAAGAAUAUAACAAAAUAUAUAUUCAUAAGAUUAAUUGUUUUUGUUAGUUAGAUUGUGUGACAUUGAUACACCAGCUCCAUUGAAUAUUCUUGAUGAAGAAGUUAUGUUAAUGUCUCAUCUUUCCCAAAGAUGACACGGAGAAAAGGAUAAAGGGGUUCUUGUUUUCAGAACUGACCAUGAAAAUACACAACAGAUUAUAUUGAUAAAAUCUUUGCUCGUUAUAUAUUGAAUUUGAAUCAUUUUUUCUUUUCACAAUUGGUUCAGUACAAAAGCAAUUUAGACUGAAUUUCAUUUAUCUAAUUUACAAUCAUAGGUUUCCACCUUCCAUCUUUGUUCAAUUAUGUCUUGUCUGGACAAUUUCAUGCACACCACAAGAAAUUUUGCCACAUAGUUUUGUUUUCUAUGAUGUAAAAUACAUUGUUCAUGAUAGAUUUCACUGCUUGUGUGUUCAGGUUCUUUUCUAAUCUUUUUGAAAUUAAUCCUUAAAUUUUGAACUUAUGAUUAUUAUCAUGUUUGAAUCUUAUCUGUAUUUCAUCAUGAUCAUAGCCAUUAGAUAAAACUGUUCAGACUCCCAGACUCCUUAGUAUUUAGUUUACAAGCUGAGCAAGUGACACAUAUAUAAUAGGAAGUUUUUGUUGUGAUUUCUGUUUCACAGAUUGAACCAAAAUUUGCUUUCCUCUAAUAAGGCAGCAUAAAUCAUGAAUUGGUUAAGGAAAGUGACAGAGAAGACGAUUAAAUUCACCAGACUAAUUAACGAUUAAAUUCUGUCCAUUUAUUAUGUGCCAAAUUCCAUUCUCAAACUGAAUGCCUGUGGCACUAUAUUAUUAUCACCUGACCAAUGGAUCAGUCUGCACUCAAAUUUCAUUCUCAGCUCCCUAGGGAUAAUACAAACCAAGCUGCAGUGUAUAUCAAAUCAUACCUCCACCAUUGAAGUAUGAAUAUAAUGAGCCUUUUGCAAAACAUGAUUUGGGUGACAGGCCGUAAAAACAUUGAAUACUAAGAACGUAGAACCAUAGGCUGACAAACCACUGAGUGUCAGAACUAUUAAAGGGGGACUUUGCUCCGCAGUCUGUUCCCAUCCCCAGACCAGGUCUAGAUGUUGUACUAGUGCCAUUGUGUAAAACUGAAACAUUGUUGAUUUUUGGUCAUUGUUAAAUGUUACAUACUAUUUCAUAAAGUGUGUGGUGAUUUGAAUUGAACUGGGACUUCCGAUUGACAGAGCAUAGUCCCUCUUUAAGUUUAAUUGGUCCUUCUGCCUGUUCAUCCCUGCCUUGGGACAGAUGAAGGAAAGUUCGCACAGGAGGCUGGGUGGGUAGCCGAUCCUUUGGCUGUUGUCCAGUGCUGGUGUCCACGCGUAAUCUUCAGUGUUAUACAGUGCUUACGAAUAAACCUUGAUCUGUUUUU